AAAGUAUGGAGGGAGAGAGGGGAGGCCAAUGUGAUUCUAGAGGUUACUUUCCAAUAACAACAGUCAUAACUGAAUGUAUUUCUUACAGGGAAGCAGCCAGCACAACUAUCCUUCCUUGCCCAUCUCUGUGGAAACAAGCUGUGAGACAAGUCAGGAUUGCCUCACCAUGGAGCAGCUGAGCUUGGCCAACACCCGGUUCGCAGUGGACCUCUUCCGCACCCUGAAGGACAACAACCCCUCCGGGAACAUCUUCAUCUCCCCCAUAAGCAUUUCCUCGGCGCUGGCCAUGGUCUUCCUGGGGGCCAGAGGCACGACCGCGGCACAGAUGUCCAAGACUCUUCACUUCGAUGCGGUUAAGGAGAUUCAUUCCAGUUUCCAGAGUCUGAAUGCUGAUAUCAACAAGCGCGGGGCUCCCUAUGUUCUGAAACUUGCUAACAGGUUAUAUGGAGAGAAAUCCUAUGAGUUCCUCCCUGAGUUCUUAGCUUCAACCCAGAAAAUGUAUGGAGCUGAACUGGCCAGUGUAGAUUUUCAGCAAGCCUCUGAAGAUGCAAGAAAGGUGAUAAACGCGUGGGUCAAAGGGCAGACUGAAGGGAAAAUUCCAGAAUUGUUGGCUCCAGGCGUGGUUGAUAAUAUGACUAAACUUGUGCUAGUUAAUGCCAUCUAUUUCAAAGGAAACUGGCAGGAGAAAUUCAGUCAAAAGGCCACAAUCGAUACACCUUUCAGAUUGAAUAAGAAAGACACAAAAACAGUGAAAAUGAUGUAUCAGAAGAGCACAUUCCCAUUUGGCUACAUCAAGGACCUUAAGUGCCGGGUGCUGGAGCUGCCUUACCAGGGCAGGGAGCUCAGCAUGGUCAUCCUGCUGCCAGAUGACAUCGAGGACGAGGCCACGGGUCUGAAGAAGAUCGAAGAACAAUUGACCUUAGAAAAACUGCAUGAGUGGACCAAACCUGAGAAUCUGAGUUCCACUGAAGUCAAAGUCCACCUGCCCAGGUUCAAGCUGGAAGAGAGCUACAACCUCAACUCUCACCUGGCCAGCCUGGGUAUAGAGGAGCUCUUUACUACCAGGGCUGAUCUGUCUGGCAUGUCAAGAGCCAGAGAUCUUUUUGUAUCAAAAAUUGUCCACAAGUCUUUUGUGGAAGUAAAUGAGGAGGGCACAGAGGCAGCGGCUGCCACAGCCGCAGUUGUUUCCAACUGCAUGCUUAUGCCAGAGGAAAAUUUUGUGGCCGACCAUCCAUUCAUUUUUUUCAUUCGACACAAUCCCUCAACUAACAUCCUGUUCUUAGGCAGACUUUCUUCCCCGUAGAGACUGUGGAAAUCCAAGGCCAAGUUCAGAGCUUUAUCACUGGCCCUUUCAAUGGUGAUAGUUUUCAUAUAUCUUCCGCAACAAAUCUACCAUCCCAAACAAAUCUCUAACUUCCUUUGUAAUGUCAGCUCUCUUGGAUGUUUACACGCAUUAACUUUGGCAUAGGUGUCUAUUUUCCUUUCUUUAUAUUGAUAAAUUCAGUGAUUGCUUUUGAAUGCACCAAGCAGAAAUGUAGAUUCUUGACAGUGUAGUAAACUAAGAAACUGCUGUACUCCCUUGAUAGCCAUGAGAAAAAUUAUAGUACUGUAAUUUCUUUCACAGAUAGACUUCUGGAAGCUAUGAUAUAGAGACAAAAUUAUAGAAAAAAUAUAGAAAAAAUUAAAGGAGAAAUUUGUUGGCUAUUUGACAAGAUAAGAAUGUAUGUUGCCAUCACUUAUUCAAAACUUAAUGAAGAUCCUAGCUGAUAUGAUAACUCAAGAAAAACAAGAUAUAAAAAUUUGAAAGUAAGAACAAACCUUAUAAUAUUUCAGAUGAAUAUUUUCAUCUAAAGUCUAAAUUAUUAGAAUUUAAAAGUGAGUUAAAUAAGGUGUUGCUGGUUACAAGUGCAAUUUACACAGCUUAUUUGUAUUUCUAUGAGUUAUAAAAUUUUUAAAAAUGUUUUAAAAAGCAUGUAUAAUGAUGUAAAAAAAUGUUCAAAUGCCUAGAAAUAAAUUCAACAAAAUAUGUUAAGAAAUUCUAUACAGAAAACCAUAAUCAUUAUUGAGUGAAAAUUAAGAAGCUCUAAAUAAAUGGAAAGCUAUACCUUG